CAGACGGAAGCCGUGAAGCGCCAACGAGGCAGCAGCCGCGCAACGGCGAGACGAGACCUAUCCACUCCUUCCUUCCUCCAUGCAGCAUCGCAGCUCACUCCUUCCCAGCCACACUACUCCCACGAGAAACCACACGCCGCUUCGCCCCCCCGAGACAGGCUAACCUUGCCGCCGGGGAAAAAAAAAAAGCCCCCGACGAACACCGCGCCCUUCCCCAGCCCUGCUGUGCGCGCGCUGCAGCGCGAGGCGGCGACCACGGGCACGGCGCGCCCGUACCAUGCCGUGAGGACGCCCGGAGCCACCACACGAAGCUGACCGUCUUGCCCGCCCCCCGCACAUGCACUUCCCUUCGCCGCGUGCGCGCCCCAUGGCCGUCGUGGCCGUGGCCGCGCCCGCCGUCUCCUGCCUGCGCCUCGUCCUCCCCGGGUUCGGCGGCCUCGUCUCCGCCUCCCUCCUCGCGAGCCCCUGCCGCGGCCGCGGGGGGGUGGCGGUGAGGUCGCGCGGACAGGGCGCCGCGCCGCCCGAUCCGGCGGCCAUCCUGCGGCGGCCGGCGGCCGCCACGACGUCGGAAGAGGAGGAGGUGGAGGAGCGGGAGAGCGACGCGGUCUCCGCGUUGGGUUCUCCCGUGGAGGACGAGCCGCCCGAGGAGGGGAGGAGGAAGGGCCCGGAGAGGGAGUGGGUGGAUUGGGAGGACCUCAUCCUCGAGGACACCGUGCCGCUCGUUGGCUUCGUCCGGAUGAUUCUCCACUCCGGCAAGUACACAAGUGGUGAUCGGCUGACUCCUGAACAUGAAAAGGCAAUUCUGGAGCGAUUGCUUCCAUAUCAUCCACAGUACGAGAAGAAAAUUGGAUGCGGUAUUGACUACAUCACGCUAGGUUUACAUCCAGAAUUCGAGAACUCGAGAUGCUUGUUCAUAGUUAGGAAGGAUGGCGAGGAAGUUGAUUUUUCAUUCUGGAAGUGCAUCAAAGGUCUAAUACGAAAAAAGUACCCCUUGUAUGCAGACAGUUUCAUUCUCAGACAUUUCCGCAGGAGGCAAGAUUACUGAAAUUAGUGCCCCUUGCAAUUGUUCCGUGUAAUAUUUCUGUGAUUUUGAUUUGGUCCACAUGCCUUAAUAUCAUGUGAUUUUGCAUUUC